AUGACAACCACAAAAGCUAUGCUCAUGAUGGUGCUCAGCGGCCUUUCGGUCCGGGAUGUACUGGCUGCCGUCCUACCAUCAAACGAUGUUUCGACGAUCCAUGAACCAGCAGAACUCUCGGGUAACGACAACGAGCACGCCAACACGGUGCUGGGCAAGCGUGCCGCUCCUGGCAAUGAGACCGAUACCGAAAUGUACAAGACAAUGAGCUGGUGCUGGGCUGGGAAGAACACCACGGUGACCAGCAUGCCUUCGAACCCCACGGUCAAUCUCACAGGCGAAGCUCAGCCAGAUGAGCGAUUCCUGAACAUCGACUACUUCAAGGAUGCGGCCAAAUCAAUCCACUGCUCAAGCGAUGCAAUCAACGUCACCUUCAAAGACCAGCCUCAUUUUGUUCGCGCGCAACUUGAUUGGGAAUGGCACCAUGACGCCAGCAUCACCGCCUCGAAUUGGACUUGGGAAGAAGCUUUGCCGGAGUGGCGCCUUCGUAUCAAGAGUGAAGGUAUCAUGGCUAAUACUUCCUCCGGCGCUGACACCUUGGAAAAGCCUGUCGAUCAGAAGGCCUCGAUCCCUAUCACUCAAACCUUCAACGCCGGCUUCUCUUUAAUGAGUGGUCUGACUGGGACAGCAUCAUUAACGCCCAGCGGUGUCGGCGCGGCCGUGACGCUUGGUCUGACUGUCGCCGCUGCCCUGACUCAGGAAUCUAGCAGUUCGUUGACCAUCGCUGAUAUCCCGCUCGGUGGUGGCAUUGAUAUAGUGGGUAUCAAGGUCGGUCCUCAGCUUGUCGUUGCUGCCACAGUCGGGAUCACGAGUGUGACUGCUGCCACGACUAUCUCUUUCGGGGUACAAGUUAGUGUUCCGGAUGAUUCGCUGGCAAAGGUCGACUUCUCUGAUUCGGCGAACAAUCAGUUCAAUGGCUGGAACCCCUCCUUCACAGGCAUCGGUCCGAAUCUGGAUGCUAGUGUCUCAGUCUCUGGCAGCGCGGGAUCCAGUAUACGUCUCGAAGUCGAUGCUACGAUCCUCGGUAAAGGUCUCAGCGCUGGUCUGAAUCUAAUGGUGCCUGAGUUCACUAUCGAUGCUAGUGCUCAAGCUACGCCCGAUGGCGGCGUUUGCGGCGACGACAACGCUUUCCUUGGUAUCGAGUUUGAUGUCAAUCUCGCCGCUGAGCUUGAUGCUUUCGGAGGUAUUGCUGCGGCUUCAGAUCUACCUAAUCCAUUCACUUUGUUGAGCACCCAGACACCUAUUUUCUCGACUUGCAUCACACUUGCUGGGACUGCCACGAGUACUGCUACCGCCGAGGGUACGCUCACGGCUGAUGGAGUAGGAGCGUUUGGAGGAGUGGUGGGAACCAUUGCUGCUACAGCUGCUGCGACCCCGAAGCUGUGA